AUGGCCCCACGCACCCGUGCUGGGACUGCACCCUCUGGGGGAGCCUCCACGUCGUCCCCUAGAGCGCGUACACCUCUACCCCGGCAGGAAUCUGAGAUUCCUGAACCCGCCGCUCACCUUGGCAUGGGCCCUCCAGCCGCCCUGCCACCGCCGCGGCCCCUACACUCCUAUGUCUACCAUGGAGAUAAAGGGAUCAAGGUACGAGUCAUAUACGCCGCGAGCCUCCUCGAAGGCACCCCUGCAACUACAUGGGCGACCAAGGAAAGGGAGCUUGAGCGUAGCAAUUCUGCCAUGACAUGGGAAGAAUUCAAGAACUUCCUUCUGGACCAGAUUGAAGACCACCGUAACCGCGCCUUCACAGCGGCGCAGCGGUUCAACUCACUACGUCAACGAGACGACGAGAAUCCUUCCGAUUUCAAUGCAAGAUUCGAAGAAUAUUGGGAGGAACUGUCUGACGAUUUGAAUCUAUUGAAAACGCAGCUUUACCUCGCGAAGCUGACUCAUAAGGUGCGGACGACGAUAUCGCAAUAUCAAAGUCCGCCCACCAAUCGCACCGAGCUUGUCAACCUGGCUUCUCGAAUCUAUUUGAAUAAUCAACACCAUGAGAAGAAGGGGGACAAGACUCCCUCAAAGCAACCGACAACAGGAUCAAAACGGCGCCAUGACGGCUCCGACUGGAUAACAACCUUUGUUUUAACUGCGGAAUCUCAGGCCAUUUUGCCAGUGAUUGCCGGUUGGAAAAAGAUAGGUCCGCCGGGCCACGCAAAGUUUACAGAUGGAACAAAAUGCCACCGAUUCGGCAUCAUUCAAACAAAGUGUGAGGCCACGGACUCUGAAGGAACCUCCAAGGGGAGCAGUCUGCUCCUCCACGCUGUCAACAUCAUAGAUGAGGACGUCAUCCUAGGUCUCCCGUGGUUGAGAGAAAACAAUCCUCUCAUCGACUGGGUCACUCAGGCGUGGCGGUACCGCCUCACCGACGAAGAGGCAGCUAUAGAGGAACCCGAAGAGUUCCAUCGGAAGAAUCUCGAGGAUAAGAUUGAGUCGAUAUACUGUGUAGCAGGUGACUUGGACUUGGAGGCAGGCGGAGAAGCCGCCACCCUCACUGCCAGAUUAGCAGUGAUGUCUGCCACUGAAGGCGGACGAACGCAACGUCUCUUCACAGAUUACAAGGACGUUUUUUCAGAAAAGGAAGCAGCGAAGUUUCCUGAUACCAAAGUGCGACAUAAGAUCCAUCUUGAAGAGGGCGCGACAGCGCCGUACGGACCCCUUUACAAUUUGUCAGUAAAGGAAUUGGACGUUCUGCGCAAAUAUCUUGAAGAAGCGCAGUCAAAGAACUGGAUACGCCCAUCGAAAAGUCCAGCGGGGGCACCUAUACUAUUCGUGCCCAAGAAGGACGGUAGGCUGCGCCUCUGCGUAGACUACAGGGGCCUCAAUAAGGUGACGGUUAAGGAUCGCUAUCCACUACCAUUAAUUGAUGAGAUGAUCGAUCGAUUAUCCGGAGCAAGGGUGUUCUCGAAGAUUGACAUACGGGACGCCUAUCAUAGAAUAAGGGUUAACGAAAACGACAUUUGGAAGACAGCUUUUCGUACCAAGUACGGCAAUUUUGAAUAUCUCGUUUUGCCUUUUGGUCUUUGCAACGCUCCGGCCACCUUCCAGGCCUACAUAAAUGAGGCACUGCGGGGCCUUGUCGAUGUCUCCUGCAUAGUAUACUUGGACGACAUCCUAAUCUUCUCGAAAACGGAAAAAGAACAUGAUUCCCACGUUCGGGAGGUGUUGGAUCGCUUGAGGCAACACCAGCUCUAUGCAAACACUGAGAAAUGCUCGUUCUACACACAGGAGAUUGAUUUCUUAGGUUAUAUUGUUGGGGUUGAUGGCAUUUCAAUGGACAGGAGCCGGGUCUCCGCCAUUGAGGACUGGCCGGCGCCGCGCACGUACCGCGAGGUGCAGGUAUUCCUAGGAUUUGCGAAUUUCUAUAGACGGUUCAUCUAUGCGUAUUCGCGGAUUGCUGCCCCCCUUACAGAUUUGUUAAAGGGAAGUGUUAAAGGCAGGAAAACGGGACCGUUUAUCCUUACCCAAGACGCUGUGAGGGCGUUUGAAGAAUUGAAGCAAGCUUUUGCAGAUGCCACGAUGUUAAAUCACUUCGACCCCGGCCUACCCAGUCAGUGUGAAACUGAUGCAUCUGGGAAUGGUGUCUGCGGAAUCUUUUCGCAGUUGACACCGGAGGCUUUCCAACGUUGGAAGGAUCGGGGGUUAAUAACCUCUGGAGAUACAGGCAAUGGAAUGCCUGUAGGAGAAGGCUUUUUCACAGAACCUACAAGGCGCCGUGAAUGGAGACCAGUGGCCUUCUUCUCCAAGAAGCUAUCGCUCACGCAAAGAAGGACGUCAAGCCAGGUGGGCGGAGCUGCUUUCGGAGUAUGA